AUGAAUGACACCGAGGAACCAAGCUCAUUCCAAGAUAUCAGUGACGAAGCUCAACCUAUCUGUUGUCUUAGUGUGUUUCCAUUGAGAUACGCACCGGAGGCCGUUCGUGAGAUAUUGAUACGGCGAGCGAGUACUUUCUGGAAAUGCCGUGACAGAAGGCUGGUGUCUUACCACGGCGAGAGGAGUGGCGGAGGUGUGGAUAUGAUGGAUGAAAGAUACAUGAUCGAUAUGGACUCCUACAAGAAGCUUCAUCCAUCUGUCUCCCCUCCACUGGAGUCUUCUACAGACUUGACAGGAAUCAGCGCAGCGGCUAUCAAUGACCCGAACGGCAAAUAUCAGUUCCUUUUGCCACUUCACAUUAAGGGUUACAAUCUGAGACAAAAGGGAUGGUUUGAAAUUUCAGCUGAUUGUAUCUCGGAGGUGAAGUGGAAUCGGGAAGCCUUCCAAAGCCUUGUCAUGGACCGAAAAUCGAAGGAACUGAUCCAAGCUUUGGUGACUAGCCAGAUCGAGGCUGAACAGGCGACUGAUUUGAUUUCUGGUAAGGGCAAUGGUCUGAUACUUCUUCUUCAUGGAGGACCUGGGACCGGCAAGACUCUUACUGCUGAGAGCGUGGCUGAAAUUGCCGAAAAGCCGUUGUAUCGUGUUACUUGUGGUGAUGUGGGAACAAAGGCAGAGCAGGUUGAGAAGUAUAUGGAGUCUGUACUAUUUCUCGGGCGAAUUUGGGGCUGUGUGGUAUUGUUAGAUGAGGCCGAUGUUUUCCUUGAACAGCGAAGCCUUGAGGAUCUAGAGCGUAACGCUCUUGUUUCGGUGUUCUUGCGAGUCCUCGAGUACUAUGACGGGAUUCUUGUUUUGACGAGUAAUCGAGUCGGCACAUUUGAUGAAGCUUUUCGGUCCCGGAUUCAACUUGCCCUUCAUUACCCCAAUCUUGGCCCUACGCAAAGAUUUCGCAUUUGGCAAACUUUUAUCGACAGACUCAGCAACAUGUCCAAUGACGAGAAAAUUGACAUCGAUGACCUACGAGAUCAUCUGCAUCUCUUGAAGGAGGGGAAAAUGAACGGAAGGCAGAUCAGGAAUGUGAUUACAACUGCUCGGCAAUACGCGAAGUGGAAAAAUGAGCCUCUCACAUAUGAGUACCUCAAAGACGUCAUUGAAAUAUCGUGUCGAUUUGAUGGGUAUCUCAGCAAGCUUCAUGGGGGAUUUUCGGAUGAUGAGAUUGCCCAGGAUGAUGGUCUGCGCCUAGCGUAG